AUGGAAAAUCAAACCACUGUGAGCGAAUUUAUCCUCCUGGGACUUUCCAGUGACCCACAGAUGCAGAUUUUCCACUUCCUGCUGUUUUUAGUUAUUUACCUAGUGACCCUCGUGGGGAAUGUGAUGAUCAUGCUGUUCAUAAAGGCUGAUCCUCACCUACACACCCCCAUGCACUUCUUCCUCUUCCAUUUAUCCUUUGUUGAUAUCUGCUAUUCCUCAGUCACGGUGCCUAACAUGUUGAUGAACUUCCAAGCAAAGCAAAAAACUAUUUCUGUCAAUGACUGUAUUGCCCAGAUCUUCUUUUUCCUCUCAGCUGGUAAAGAAAUUCUCAUUCUCUCAGCCAUGGCUUAUGACCGCUAUGCUGCCAUCUGUCACCCAUUGCAUUAUGUACAGACAAUGAACAAAGGGAUCUGUGUUCAGCUGGUGAGUGGUGCAUGGACCCUGGCCUUCUUAGGUGCCACAAUUAACACAGUUUUUGCCCUCAAGUUACAUUUCUGUUGGACCAAUCAAAUCAGCCAUUUCAGCUGUGAGCUCCCUCUACUAUUACAACUGUCCUGCACUGAGAUUCUCAUCAAUCAAGUGCUGCUUCUCACUUCUACUGUGAUACUUGUGUUGAGCUCCUUCCUCCUCACACUGAUCUCCUACAUUCACAUCAUCUCCACCAUCCUAAGGAUACGCUCUACACAGGGCAGGCAUAAAGCCUUCUCUACCUGCAGCUCCCACCUUAUUGUGGUCUGCUUGUUGUAUCUGACAGCUCUUUUCCAGUACAUAAAACCCAGCUCAGUGUCCUCUGUGGUUCUGGAUGAAAUGUUCUCCGUCCAGUACAGCAUCUUGACCCCCAUGUUAAACCUCAUUAUCUACAGCCUGAAAAACAAGGAGGUGAAAAGGGCUCUAGAAAAAUUUUGGGGAAAUUCAAGUUUCUCAAGUAGUGAUGAUGUUUUUUAUUUUGUAUAA